AUGUGCUACCAGGUCGUUGAAAGAUAUUCUGUUUGUCGUUGCUUGUACUACAAGCAUGCGAUCGACCCCUGUGCAGCGUUGGGUAAGCGGGGUCACGGCAUUCAAGAGAAGACGAUUCUGGUAGGAUACUCCUGUUCCACACAUGGACUCAGCAGGGCCGAAGAACACGCAGUAUCCAUAGAGAAGUCAGAUAUUGUUGAUGAUGCCUCAGAUACAGAUGUGAGCUUGAGUGAUGAUGAGAGCAUCUUUUCCACCUCGAUUGCGUUAAGUAGAUGUACGUCUUUUAUCGCAACCGAUGGGCAAGACACCGUCGCGGAGAUACUAAAAGUCCUGAUCGAGGACCCUGAGUUGAGGUGGGAGAGGCUGCUGUGCUUUCAACCUGAGAUACCGAUUGGGAGACAGGUUAAGGAUGUGCAAUUCUUCCUAGCAGCCUUCGAGAGUGAUCUACGCGCUGAGGCUGAUUCCACUCCGCAAUACCAUGCCUGCGCAUUUCUGCGACGUCGCCUACGACACAUCUCAUCACGAAUAUACGAACACUACGAUAUCGAAGAGAAAUUCAGUUCCGGGGAUGUCCUCUCCAACGACGAGCACGUUUCUGGGUCAUUGCAGCGACUCGAGCCUAUCGGUCUGGAUGAGCUCGAUUCGACGCUCAUGCCUGCCUUCUCGAGCAUCCAAGAUUUCCUAUUCAAUGGACUUGCAUACCAGUCAUUGAAAGAGAACAUAAGAAACUUUGCACAACAUACGCGCAAUCAUGAUGGAGAGAUGAUCGACAUCAUACUGCGGAACAUACAUCCACCAAAAGCGGUUUCCCAUCGUUUCGAGGAUAAGUGGGCAGAAGUGCGACGCGCACACCUAAGUCGAUUUCUUUUCUGCCUUGAACUCGAGGCAGAAGAACAUAAGCUCUCAGCUUCUGAUCGUGCUGGCUUGAAGAAAAUUCGUCAACAUCCAUUCCAGCUUAUCAUGAGAGUCAUGACGUCUUGGACGAGCGAAAUACCCUCAUGGCAUCAUUAUCCACUCAUACCAGGCAUCGAUAGCUGUUUGGCAUACGGAUACGUCUCGGGAACCACAACAUAUAGCCAGACCGAAAUCGAGUCUUUCGAGACGUUUGUAUGCUCAAGCGAAGCUUUUUUGACGCUCGCAAGAACAAUUUCCGGUCUUCCACAUAAGAAUCGAAGGAAGUCUGGGUGUGUUGUAUGGCAGCAAGGGCUUAAUGCUCAGACUCCAUCCGAUGGUAACCUACGUAAAGAUGUGUAUGACACGAUUAGUUAUGAUUGUCCAUGUGGGAAAACCAUCGUCGACAACUACGCACCAUUGUCUGCAGAAAGUGCUUAUAACCGGUCGCGACAACUGAGGUUGCUCUCUGUGCGGCAAAUGUAUCAGCAAGCUGCCUCACAGCACUCGCCGCGAAGCUAUUCAACGUUUACCGUGCGCCGCUUCUUAUCUUACUUUACUGGUACCGAAGCGUCGAGUAAUAUCCCGCUUCCCCAGCAUCAACCCCCUGACCCGACUGCCAAUAACGUGGCGACAAAGCAAUGCAUAACGCAGUCCGGAUCAGUACAGCAUAAACACCACUUCAUUCAUUGGUGUAUACCUUGGAGUCGCUACGCCGUACGCAUGUCUCCACUGCAGUCAUGCCAGAUCCGAUCAGACCUCGACUUCUUCAAGCUCCUGAAACAACGGUAUCUACAGUCUAAAGGAAGAUACAAGAUGUUCCUCUCGUUCAAGAAACCAACUGCCCUACGGUUCGUGAAGUUCCGUUUGUAUCAACAUCAGCUCGUAGAUAUUCACACGACUGAUGACAUACCACCUGAGUCUUACAAGGACGAGUAUGAAUAUUACCCAAUGCCUGCGGAGACCGUUCCUCCAAUCGGCCCCAAUCUACUGAUGCAUUUCUUUACGCAUCCAGACGAGAGCCCCUCAUAUCCGGUAUUACUACCAAGCAUACCGAAACGAAAGAACGACAAGCUCGAACCUUGUCCCAUACGUGGCAGCAGCCUUGGUUGGGGAAUUGACGUCGUGACUGGGAUCGACGAGUUCAAGCUCUUUGCUUUAGGCUUGAUUGGUACGCUGGCAAGCAUGAUUUUUGGAAUUGUGUGGUCAGUCGUGAGACAGGAUAUACAGGGUGGAUUUGCAGUUGCAGGUUUUCUCUUCACACUUUUCGCAUUCGCUAUUGCUAGUUUGAAAGCGCUAGACUUCUAG